AUGUUUUAUGUUUAGGAAUUACUAAUUAUAUUCUUCAAAAGAAUAAAUUUGUGUAUUUAAUUAUCAAUUUUAUCUAUGAUUAAUAAAUCUUGGAUUCUUCAUUUUAAUGUGUGUAUACUCAAGGGACUGCAUAAUAAUCAUAUGAAAGAGAUUAUGAGUAUUAAUUUAAUAAACUUGAAUAAUCUGUUUAUUAAGAAUAAUAGUAAUAAAGUAAUUUCAAAAGUCUAUAUAGAAAUGUGA